UCAGCCAGCGAAAAGGCGUGACCAAGUUGGUCAAUGAGGAGCUAACGAGAUAUUAACGCAAUCUCGCAGAUGACCGCAAAGAAAGCAGGAACUGUCGAAUGAGGCCGGUAUACCAAGACGGACUGGGCACCCAGCUACCUCAGAACGUGAGUGAGUGAGAGAGAGACAGGUCCCCAGAGGCAGGCAUGGCAACCAUUGUCAUGGAGAGGAUUGGUCGGCUGUUCAUCAACCUGCAACAGCUUCGGCAGGUUCCUCAGAUGCUGACGGAAGCCGCGCCGUCCAUGCCGGGCACGAUGCGGGACACGGAGGUGCCCCCCUUCUUCCGCGAGCGCCACAUCCACGGAGGCUACCGGCCUCUCCACCAGGCCUGGCGUUACUACUUCCUCUCUCUGUUCCAGCGGCACAACGAGACCAUCAACGUGUGGACGCACCUGCUCGGGGUGCUGCUGGUGCUCAUGCGGGUGGCUCAGUUGUCGGAGACGGUGGAGUUUGUGGGGGACAGCCACUCCUGGCCCCUCCUGAUCCUGCUGGCGUCGUCCUUGUCCUACAUGCUGUGCAGCGCCACCGCCCACCUCCUGGCUGGCAAGUCGGAGCUGUGCCACUUCUCGUUCUUCUUCCUGGACUACGUCGGCGUGGCGCAGUACCAGUAUGGCAGCGCGGUGGUGCACUUUUACUACGCGGUGGAGGAAGACUGGCACAGGCGCGUGCGUGGCGUUUUCAUGCCCGCCGCGGUCUUGCUCUGCUGCCUCUCCUGUUUGGGCUGCUGCUACGGAAAGUACCAGAACCACAGCUUGCCCCCCUGGGUGCGCAAGGUUGGCCAGGUGGUGCCGUCGGCGAUCGCAUACAGCUGGGACACGAGCCCGGUGUUCCAUAGGAUGUUCCGCUGGCUGUUUUCUCAUGGAGAUGCAAAUGCAAGCGCGAGUGAUGACCUUGCGCUGACCUUUCAUUGUGGCCAGGUGGCCUUCUUUAUCUCGAGUGCCUUCUUCUUUACGCACCCGUUGCCUGAGCGACUGUUUCCAGGACGCUGCGACUUCCUGGUACAGGGCCAUCAGGUUUUCCAUGUGUUUCUGGUGUUCUGCACCCUGAGUCAGAUCCAGGCCUCUUAUCUGGACUACCAGGGCCGCCGGAACCUCUACACCCGUCUCCAUGGAGACAAUGACGCAGCAUUAUUCGUUGGGCUCUAUGUGCUGACGCUGGUUGCAUGUGCUUGGAUAGCCGUCUUCAUGAUUGGGAAAGUGAAACGUCUACUCAACACCCGAGAGAAAUCCAAAUAAUAGAUAAAAAAUUCCAUACUGUAGUGCCUCUCUGAAGUGCUGGGUCAACAUGAACCUUUUAUUUAGCCUACAGUUCACAACUAACCAUUCUGUAAACAAGCCUGUAACCUGGAGUAGUGUAAUAGUGCCUUAGUGCUUUGUGCCCUUUUUAUCAAUGCAUUACCUACUGAUCUAGUUGGUAGUAGCCUACUGUAAAGCAGAAUUGUAUUUGAGAGACGUUAUUUUUGGUACUGAGAGACGAUCAGACACUUUAUUCUUAUACUAUAGAUGCACUAUUAAUUAUCAUAUGUCUUAAGUGUUGACUUAAUAGCUCUUCAUUGUUAUGUCUACUUUUUAUAUAAAGAUUGUUGAUAAGGACUGCUUAGCUAAUUCAUUAUGAUACAUUAUGUAAUAAAUUAUAUCAUUAUAGGAAGUUGACAAAGAUAAUGGGCCCUAAUUUGAAUGACGGGGCUAAGUCUUAAGUCCAUCAUGUCAAACACAUGGACCAAACAUUAUUCUCAGCCCUGGGCAAAUAUAUGGAAAUGGUGAAAUUGAAUAUAAAUCAGGGGUUAGGGAUAGCCGAUAUAGACUUGGAACGAUAUUUCAUGGUAUUCUUGGCGAUAACAGUAUACACAACAACAUGAAAAAUGUAGAUAGAUAGAUAGAUAGAUAGAUAGAUAGAUACUUUAUUGAUCCCCAGGGGAAAUUAAAGGUCUCAGUAGCAUACAGACAACACAC